AUGGUGCUUCCACUGAUUGCACCGCGCCUCGCUGUGCCUUCUCGGAGCCGGGUGGAAGCGGCGGCCUUCCGAUGGGACGCGUCCAAAGUGGAGCCGACAAACGCCGGCCGGGUCGGCCCCGCCGCCCCCAUCGCCGCCGCCGGGGCGGCGGCGGCCUCGGCGGACCAUCCGACGCGCCGCGCGCCCGACGGGGAGGCGCUCACCGUCGAGCGGGCGCGGGCGCUGCUGCGCGGCGGCGCGGACUCUUCAGCCGGCGAGCCUUCUGCCCUCGAGCGGGCGCGCGUCCUCUGCGCGUGGGGCGAGUCGGAUCCGGCCGCUGCGGCCGUCGGCUCCACCGUCGCGAUCCACUCUCUCGUCUCGCGGCCCUCGAUGAACGGCAAGGUCGGCGUCGUCGUCUCCGCAAGCGCUUCGACGCGCCGCUUCGGCGUGCGCGUGGCGGGCGAGGCCAAGGCACUCGCACUGAGGCGCGCCAUGCCAGCGGCCGAGGCGGUGGAGGUGGGCAGUCUCAUCCUCAAGGCGGCGGAUUGGUCGCCGCAGUCGCACGAGCUCUUCCCGGAGGCGGCUCGCAAGCGGGCGGUCGAGGUGAUGCGGCUGGGCUACCUGAUCGCUUGGGACGAGGAGCGCUUCGACGGCCGCGAGGGCGCGGCUCCGGAGCUGGCGGACGUCUGGCGCGGCUUUGUGCUGCCGAAGGUGGUGGCGCGGUGA